GGGACCGAGGGAGAAGUAUUUUUACAACAAGUAAAAACAUCCUCAACAUACGGCCAUCCUCAACUCUGUCGACAACGUCGUCGACAAUCUCAGUUCUCUAAUCAGGACUCAGGUCCGCCACUCCGCCAGCCCGGGACACCGCCGAUUCAGCGACGCCGGAUACGCCCACGCUGCGGUCCAGUCCGGGACGCCAACCUCUUGGCCUUUUACAACUCCAAUUAUCUCUGCAAUUUUAAUUUUUAAGGUAAGGACUAUCAUGAUGAUGAGUAAACGGAGGAAUAAAGAUAUUGAUGAUGAUGCUUGGGCUGAUCUUCAUAUCGACCUAUUACGUGCAGUGGGGAAGCAUGUUGAUCAUUAUGAUGACUAUGUUAGGAUGCAAGCAGUUUGUAAAGAAUGGAAACUUAAACUCCCAAAGUAUCCAAAGCAUUUAAAAAAUCUAUGGCUGGGGUUCGUCUAUGAGGGUAAUCCUUUCUAUAGUGUUGGGGAGGAGAAACUGUAUUCCUCCAAAAUGGUGGAGGGUAUGCGCAAUAAGGUGGUCAGAGGGUCAUAUGGGAAUUGGUUGGUCACAAUUGGAAUUAAAGAUGGAGAAAUUGAAAUGCUCAAUCCAUUUACAAGAGCUCAGGUCAGCGGACUACUUCCACCAGUGUCAACAGUUCCAGAGAUAAUUCUCUAUGACCCAGGAAAUCAUAACAAGGAAUACACCGUCAAGGAACGCCUUAAUGAAAUUGGCGAUGGGUAUCACCCUGUUGUUUGGCCCCAGGCAUGGAUGCAUAAAUACUAUUUCUCUAAGAUUGUUUUGUCUUCUGCUCCUCAGCAGGAUGAAGGUUUUAUGGCGGGGGCUAUGAUUCUUUAUGGUACUUUUGGCAGGUUGGCUUAUUGUCAAAUUGGUGGCAGUGAUAAAUGGGUCGAUAUUGGAUCCAAUAAUUCUGCAAAACCUGUAUACCGGGAUGCCAUAUUUCAUAGACCAGGAAAUAAGAAGAUGAUGAUCUAUGCCGUGAACACUUUUGUGGAGUUGUGUGUAAUUGACCCUGAAUCAGGUAAUGUGGUGAGUAAGGCUGCACCACCUAUUGUAGUCAGGGACUACUUUCACCCUCUAAGGAACUACAUGUAUGUGGUUCAUACCCCGCAAUAUAGCGUGAUACUGGUAGUAAGGCAUCUGGAGGGUUAUCGGACCACUAAAUUUGACAUGUUCAAGAGAAUAGAUGAUGAUACUAUUAACAAUGAGGGAUGGUCUAGGGUGAACGAUUUGGGAGAUUAUGUCUUGAUGCUUGGACUUAAUUCUUCGGCAUGUUUGCUACCCCAUGGUUUCCCAGACACAAAAGGAAAUCGCAUUUACUACACAAAUGAUAAGAUGCGAUUCGGAAUUAGGUUUAAUUAUUAUGAUAUUGGCUAUUUCAGUGUGAAAGAUGGAACCACUCAUCAGAUAGUUCCCUGCUCUCUUCUUACUUCUCUCCAUUCUGAUCUUGUCCCUCCUGCCCCCUUUUGGCUUAUAUAUAAUCACUAGUUUCGCGAACUGCCUUAUUUGAUAGGAAAUUGCCCUAUAAGAAUUGUAUAUAGCAUUAAUAUUAGGACAUGUUCUCUUUUAUAUGAAUUUUAAAUGAACUGUAUUAUUACCAAACUUACCAUGGUUAUAAUCUCAAGUAAGAGGCUUUAAUCCUUUGAAGAAGUUACACGGGCAUCUCCCUGAUAUAGGGGUUUGAGUCUCUGCCGUCCUUUGGUGUGGCGUCCUUUGGUUAGCGAAGAAGGGAGAUUGACUACCAUCGCGUGUGCAGCUUCUGAUUUCCAACAGGGGUUCCAGCGGGAUACAUGAUUAAUUCAUUUAAGUCAUUAUAUUUAUAAUUUCCAAGUUAAGUCAGUAUAUUUAUUUUGAUUGAUUUUUGUUAAUCUUUUUAUAACAUUUUCAAGAUAGGUAUUAGAGUAGGAUACAUGGUAACUUUUCAUGUUCGUAUACUGAUUUUUUUGUUAUUAUACAAAAACAAUUAGUGAGAAGUUAAUGUCGUCGUUGUCAUCAUCACCCCUGUGCCACAAAGGCUCUCCCACC